AUGGUGACUCCAUACGAUCUUGUGGCAAAAAGGCCCAGAACAUCGCAUGCACGAAGAACCCAAGAAAUAGCAAGGAGACCUAAAGAGCACAACUCUGUUCAGACUUCUCAAUCAUCUAUUCCUACACCUAGGGAAGAACUAACCAAAGAAGGCUCUAGGAAUCUUGUUCCUCUAAAAUAUGUACUUCCUGAGUCAAAUGUCAUUGCGCAUGUUAGUGACAAUGCUGGCACCUAUGUCCCAGCAAAUAAUGAUAUGAAUGUGCAUGUGAAUGACAAUAAAAGAAAUGAUGGAGUAAAAGUCACUAUUGGUCAGGAUGAUGUUAGUGUAAAUAAUGAUCACAUUGAAAUUCCCGGUGGUGUUGUGCACAAUGAAGAGGCACCCAGCAAUGUUUCUGCUGAUAAGUGUGUAAACCAUACUAAAGAUGGUCAAACUGAAGAAAAAGAACCAGAGAAGACUCAAGCUGACAAAGUAAUCAACCUUGAUGAUCUCUCUGAUGAUGACCUAGUUGCUUCUAUCAAUCCAAGCAUAGCCAGAAGGCUAAUGAGGAGGAAAGGAAAGCAAGCUGUAGAUGAGGACUCUCAAAAGAAAAGGGCAGUGGCUAAGCCCACUUCUGUUGGACCCAAAAAACCAUGGAGCAAAGUGGUGCCUAAGAAGAGAAAGACCAGAAGCAUUGCUGAGAAUGAGUUAGAUUCUGAUGUUGCUGUGGAUGUCAAUGACAUUCAUCCCAAGAAGAAGGUAUCUACUAGCAAGCUUGCUGCUAGUGUCCCUGAAGUACCUACUGAUAAUAUUUCCUUUCACUAUCCCUCCAGUAUACUCAGAUGGAAAUUUGUCUAUCAGAAAAGACUAGCCUUAGAAAGAGAACUUGCUCAGAAUGCUCUUGAGUAUAAAGAGAUUAUGAAUGUUAUUCAUGUGGCUGGAAUGAUGAAAACUGUGACUCAAUUCUCUAAGUGUUAUGAAGUCCUUGUGAAGGAGUUCAUUGUGAACCUACAUGAAGACUGUGGCAAUAAGAAGACUAAGGAGUAUUUGAAAGUGUUUGUCAGGGGAAAAUGUGUUAAUUUCUCUCCCACUAUGAUCAACAAAUUUCUAGAAAGGUCAAAUGAAGCUCAACCAGAGCUGGAAGUGUCUGAUAAUCAAAUGUGCAAAGAAAUUACUACUGGACAAGUGAAGACAUGUCCUGUCAAAGGGAAUCUGACUGCGAGCAAACUAAGUGUGAAGUAUGCUAUACUUCACAGGAUUGGAGCUGCCAACUGGGUGCCAACUCAACACAAGUCUACAAUUUCUGCUAUCCUAGGUAAAUUCAUCUUUCCUAUUGGUACUAAGACCAAAUUUGAUUAUGGAACGUAUAUUUUUGAGCAAACUUUAAAGCAUGCUGGUAGCUAUAGUGUCAAAGGCCCCAUUGCCUUCCCCUCCCUUAUUUGUGGAAUCAUCUUAAAUCAAUUUCCUAAUAUUCUGAAUGACAAAGAUUCGGUGUGCAAAAGAGCAAGUCCUUUACUCUUUCAUCAUAAGCUUUUGCAAGGAACACAUUUUCCUGAUGUAGUCACAACAUCAGCUGGACCAUCCAAAGAUAGCACAACUACGAGUAAAGCUGCCAUGAUUGCAAUGCUUAGAGAGACAUGUAAGGAGCUGGAGUCCAGAAAAUUGGCUCUUGAAAAAUUGAUCAGCUCCCUUGAAACAGAUGAAGGGGCUAAGUCUGCAGAUACUAUUGUGGAGGAACAAGGUAAAGAUGAUGGUGGAUCAAACAGUGAGUUUGAGAGAGAAGCCAGUCCAGAUGAUGGCACUGAUGAUAGUCUUGGACUCAAUAGCUCUGAGUCUGAAGACUGA